CGGAUUCAUAAUCCCAUUGCUCAGUCCAGGACCCCCCGCUGGCGCGGUCAGGAGUGAGGCGCUGUCAUGUGCCGAUUGUUUUCUCUGUGCACUUCCUUUGCAACCCGGAAGAGGCGUCACAUGUAGGUUGCCAGUCCGCAGAGGAUCCACCGAUGUGCCCCGCUGUCAGCUCUGUCUGUGCCAUCUGUUGUUUGCUCCUUCUUCUUGCGCCGCCAGGGUCUCGCGUGCAGCCUGCCGCUCGCAUGUGCCCGCUUCGGCGGCGCUGAAAUGAGCAAGACAGCCGACGCUGGCGCCGAUGUCUGUUCAAAGGCGUGAGGAGGAAAUGUCUGGUGACGAUUUUCCGUACACUCUUGACUAUUUUGCAUUGUUUUUCACUGCCCUUCUAAAGUCAGCCUGUAGGAGGACAUGCCCGUCCUAACCUCAGCCACGCACCCAGGGACAGUGCAAGACUGGCCGGGCCCUCCAUUCGGACGGGCAUGCCCUUGCCAGAGUCAAGCGAAGCGUGGCGGUGCCACCGCCCAAGAGGAGUGGACGCCCGCGCGGGUGGCUGCUCUGCUGGCGGGCGUCUGCAGCGGCCUCCACGAGAUGCACCUGCAGGGCAUCGCCCACCGCGACGUGAAGCCAGAGAACGUCUUGCUCAGGCUGGAGUCUACGCCUUCGUGCCCCUUCGGCGUGCCCGUCCUCAUGGACUUCGGCUCGUGCGGGAGCACGGAGGUGCCCAUCCGGGGGCGCCAGGAUGCGCUCCUGGAGGCGGAGCGCGCGGCCACGAACUGCACCAUGCAGUACUGCGCGCCCGAGCUGUUCGACGUGCCGUCUGGCAUCGGGGCGCUGUCCUACGCGUCGGCGGACGUGUGGGCCCUCGGCUGCACCUGGUACUGCUGUCUCCUGGGCUACUCUCCGUUCGAAGUCGAGUUCGACCACCAGCCGCCGUGCGCGCCCCGACAGGUGGACGCCAGCCACCUGCGCGUGCUGGCCGGCGUCCCGUGGCCCCGGGCUGGGCCCCGCUCCGCCUUCUCGGCGGCACGCAAGAGUGCCCCUUACCCGCAGUGACCCUUGUCGAGCCGGCGGCCAGAUCCGAGCCCUACUCUGGCCAAACCUCAGUAGAUCUUUCGUGAGGGCCCCUCGGGGAAGAACCCACUGACCUUGGCAUUCAUAUGCUGGUUGUGGCUGCGGUCGAUUUGGCCGUCCUGGGACACCACAUCGACCACAACCACUACCAAGCUGGUUUCGGUGUUCCGAC